GUGACCUUGAACGUGGCACUUCGUGCACGUUGGCGGCGCGCGCUGACGUCGCUGACUGCUAUCACUCUGCUCAGCCUCUAUAACUACUCUUUCUGCCUCUGCAAUAAGCUGCUGAGCCUGCUGUACCUAGAGCACCCCACCAGAAGUAAUAUACUGACGCUGCUGAUUCUGCUUUUAUUGUUGGCGCUGAUUUUCUCUAAGCACUUUUCGCAAGCUGGCGUAUCGCAACGCUCGUUGGACUCUCUGGCUGGUGGCGCAGUCGCUCUUAGAGAUACCGUAUCUGCUGCUGAAGCUGCUCUACUGUAUGUGGUGUUUCUGUCUCUUCUGCUAUCUGCGCUGCUGUCUGUGGUGGAGAUGGUGUUCUGGCUACUGUGA